CGUUUGUUCGUUUUAUAAGCAUCACAUCUCUAGCGACUAGAGCAUGAGGCAGACCUGACUACAUCUCCACAUCACACUUUAUUCACUUGAUUUAUUUGAUUUGUGACUCGUCCGGCUGAAACACUCUGCACCAAGAACACAGGGUGUGUGUGUGUUUGUGUGUGUGUGUGUGUGAUGACCCCGAGAGAUCAGCUGAGGAAGAUGACAGCGUUAGGAGAGCAGGAUGAUAAACACUGGUACAGACUCAUGAACAGCAUGUCAGUCGGAGAACUGAGACAGAGGCAGGAGAUGAUGAUGAGGAACCCGAUGGCUUUGAACCCACAAGUUCUCUCUCAGACACAGCAGAGACUGCAGCUCGAGCCGCGCUUCAUUGACAGGGAGUUGGUUCCUCCCAGUGACAUCGUCUCAUCCUCGGACUCUCGCCCCCUGGCCCCCCCGCUGCCCCCCCACUCCACCGUCCUCACAGGAAGAGCCUUCAGUUCAGCAGGAGGUUAUGGUUUCCUUCCACCUGAAUCCAUGGAAACGGUUGCUAGGCGACAAGAAAUCAUCCACAAACAGAGCAUAGCCAGGAUGGAAAUGAACGCCAUCCUGCAGCAGAAGGAACUGGAGAACCAGCAGAAGACCUUACUGACCAACAUGGAGAACCCUCUGGUGUACCAGCACAUCACACAUCCCAGUCCUGCCGUCUUCAGAGGACGUCAUCGUCUCCACGACAGCCACGAUGUCUUCGACCUCCACGCCAACAGCUUCCUGAUGUCCGGUCCUUACCCACCAAUUAGUACUCUGCAGAGGGAGAGGGGGCGGCGCCCAGGCAGGAGAGCAGCCAAUCAGAGGUUUUCAGACAGCGGCGCUGCGUUUCAGUCGGAGAGGAACCAAACAGGGGAGAAGAACGUGGACGCGAGUCCUGGAGGUGCUUCAGGAGAGGAGAAGGAACCAGAACCAGAGGGAAGAGUGGAGACUGGCAGUGACGCUAAUGCUAAUGCUAAACAUCAGCAGACUAAAGUGGAGCUAACAGGAAGGAAAAGUUACAGAAAUGGAGAACAGAUUAAAGUGUGUGUUAGCGCCCAGACUGGCUGCGCACACACAGACGCCGCUAACAUCAGCGUCGCUAACGGCGACAAGGACAUGGACAAGUUCCUGUUCCCGCCCAUCACGCCACUCUCAGCAUUCUCCUACAUGUUCCCUCUGGGAGGGAACACACUACUGCCCCCUGCACACGCUAACAUGUUCCUGAACGCAGAUGAGAUCUCUGCAGUGGAGGAUCUUCGCAAGUGGACGGUCGAUGAUGUUUACAACUUUAUCAGUAACAUCCCGAGCUGCUCUGAACACGCUCAGACGUUUAAAGAUCACAUGAUCGAUGGGGAAACUUUACCGCUGCUCACAGAGGAUCAUCUGCUGGACACACUGGGGCUAAAACUUGGGCCUGCUCUAAAAAUACGCUCUCAGGUGUUAAGACGGAUGGGCGGAGCUCUCUGCAUGGCUGCCCCACCCCUCACUGCUCCGCUCCUUCAGCCACAGCUGGAGAAACAUGUCGAGAGAUCACGUGAUGUCAUUUCCCCUUUGACCUGCAGCACAGAUUUAACACAGAGCCCCAGUGUGGGCGAGUAUGAGACUUCCAGACCCCCGGCUGGGGACACACCCACCACCAGGAGCGACUCAGCCUGAAGGGGGCACUGUUCAGUCUCCAUUAUACUUAUAAAACAUGUACUUAUACAUGUUUUAUUCGCACUAGUUCACAGUAGCUAGUGAUGAGUCGCUGUUACUCUGUCAGGAAAUAAAUCAGUUUGGGGAUUAGAAUAAAGUUCAAAUUUAUUUUCAAAAGUGAACGUGUCAAAGGUAGCAGGCUGAAAAGAUUCAUAGCUUUCAUAUAUUAAUACUGUCCUAUAUGUCCUUCUGUCUCGUAUCGUGCUGAGGGAGGAUUCAGGUGAGAUGAUAAAAUAGUACUAAGAAUAAUUUAAACAAUAAUAGCUUGAUGAGGGUCGUGUUCUCAUUACGUUUUGUUAAUCUAGGCCAAAGAAAUAGAAUUAGCUGAAGUUCUGUGUUUUUAUACUUUGUACACAAGUUAUUUUAGAUUUAGUUGAGUUUGUAUUUUGAAAUUUGUUUUUACUCUCACUGUUAACGCAUUCUUUUUUGUUUUGCAUUGAAAUAAAGCAAUGUUUCAUAUAUUCUG